AUGAUACGAAAGCUAGAACACGAGAGGGAAAAACUUUCUGGCCAACUGGAAGUCAGCCAAGAAGCGGCAUCACAAGCGAAAAAGAUCGCAAAAGAGUCCGAAAACUCAGUUCGCCUGGCGCAAGACAGAGUCAGAGAUCUCGAACGAGAGCUUUCUAAAGUUGUUACUCAUCGAGACGAGCUAGAAGAAACGGGCGAUUUUGCUAACCAAGAGUCAGCGAAGAUCAAGCACAUGCUUCUCUUAGCGGAGUCACAGCUGGAAGAAGCAAGGAGCCAACUUAAAGAAAACUCUAGUGAAGAUGCGAUCGCCUUAAAAAUCGAACUUGAUAAUACUCGUGAAGAACUCAACAGUGCACUAGCAAAUGUGGAGUCGCUCAAGACUGACAAACUUCAAACUGACGAUGCGCUCUCUAGGCUAAAAUAUGAGCUCGAGUCUGCACACUCCGAAGCAUCACGACUACGAGACGAACACUCUGAGUUGACACAAGAGCGACGCAAGCUUGUCGACGAAGGUGAAAAACUACGACUCCAGCUUUCGGAGAAAAUUGUCGAAAGCGGCAAAUUUGAAGCUGCGCUCGCUAACCGAGAGAAGCAUCUUGCCUCUUCAUCGGAAGAAAAUGAGCGGCUUUCUUUGGAGAACCAAGCUUACACAGAAAAAUUUGUCGAGCAGGAAGCGGUCAAUGCGCGUCUCAAAGAGGGAAACUACAAGUUGCAAGACGCACACAAGAAGAUGACCGACGAGCACAGCCAAAUGUCUUCCAAAUACGAAGAAAUGCAGCGCGAAAACGAACGCUGCAAACGCGAAACGGCCGACGCCAAAAGCACCGCCACCGAUAUUUAUAAAGAAAACCAAAGAUUCACCUCUGAAGCUGAAAAAAUUGAAGCUCAACUGACAGCUAAUUCAAACGAGCUCGCCAAUUAUCGAGACCUACUUGAGCAAGCUCUGGGGAUCCGAAAAGAUUUGGAGUCAAAGUUGAGCUCGUUGGAGACUGAGAAAAGUAAAGCUCUCGAAGAGUCUGAAGAGACUGCCAAGAAAUCUCAAAGGCUGCAAGAAGAAAUCGAUCUGCUUCAGAGCAAGUUGCAGCAGCUGCAAAGCGAAAACUCGGAGAUCAAGGCGUCAUUGAGCACGAGCGAGAAUCAAAAUGAAACACUCCAAAACGAUCUCAAAAACCUACACGGCCGCCUUGCCGAUUUGGAAGAAACAACUUCAAUCAACGCGGAGAACUCGGCGCUGGGAGAGGCGGAACGCAAAAGUCUCAUGGAGAGAAUCGAACAGGCCGAAGAUCGAGCAACGACGUUGUCCGGCGAUCUUGAAGAGCUCCGAGACAAGUUUGAGAAAACCGAGAGCAAACUUGCCGAAGAAGUUCGAAUCCACAAUCAGACCAAGGAAGACUUAGAAACGAAUAUCAACAGAGUGAAAAACUGCGAGCAAAAGUUCAACGAAAAAGACAAGUCACUCAAACAAGCGCAUGACAAGUUAAAGAAAGUCGUGAACAAAUGCAAAGCUGACGCAAGUACGAUCGAAAACUUGACGAAACAACUCGCGUCUUCCGAUGAAGCUGCUCAAAACUUGAAGGAAAAGUUUUCAACUGCACAUGACUCCCAAAAGCUAGCAGAAGUAAAAGUAAUGGAGCUCGAACAGCGCCUAUCCGUCGUCUCAUCGAAGCACCAAACUGCUGAAGAAAGUCUUGAUGAAAUCGAGAAGAAAUUUGGCGAAUGUCAAAAGCGCGAAACGGAGCAAAGUAAGAAGGUGAAAGAUUUGGAAAAGGAAAACAAAAAUCUCGAGAAGAAAUCAAGAGAGAUUGAAACUAAAAUAGAAAUGUUCAAAGGCGAGAACGAAAAACUCCAAGCAGAGAUGAACGAAAAAGAAAAGAGGUGUACCGCCCUUUCAAACAAAAUAGAGUCGAUAGAUCAAGCGAAAAGAUCACUGGAGUUGAUCGUCACCGAUAACAAGAACUCGUUUGCUGCUUCGUCUGAAGAGAACACUCGCCUGAUUGCAGAAAAGAGUCGUCUCGAAGAGAAACUCGCAAGUCUCAAAGAAUCUCAAGCGCAGACGAUGAACGAGCUUUCUUCGACAAAAUCGAAGGUUGAAGAACUAGAAAAACAAAAUACAAUCGUCGGUAUCAAGCUCGAAACUGCUCUGAAUGAGCACACUACCUUGAGCGAAGAAAACGCGACACUCAACAGUAGACUCGAUGCAAUUCAAAAGAACAUUGGGAACGCAGAGAAUCGCUCCGAGAAGGCGGCAAAUGAAGUGAAGGAGAUGGAGGAAAAACUCGUUGUGGCGCAAAAGUCGGAAAGUGACGCGACUGGUGCUUUGAAAAACGUCGAGGACGAACUGAAAUCAACGAAGAAAAAGCUCGCUCAAGUUGAGAGCUUGUCCGAGAGUCAAUCCGCCGAGCUCAAAUGCAUCAGCAGCGAGCUAAAAGAACUACGUGGCGAGCUUGAAUCAGUAAAUCAGAAGUCAGCCGACUUUGGGAAAGAGAAAACUUCGUUGCUGGAGCAAAUUCGCGAUUUACGCGAAGAGAAAGAGUCUCAAAAGGGCUCGUUGCUGGAGAAAGCUGAGGAAGAGCGGUCUAAACUGAUUGGCAUAUCUACAGAGCUCGAGGCCAAAUGUGCUAAAAUCGAACAAAAUGUGGCCGCAGCCGAGGAACUUGCCGCUGAAAGAUUGGGAAAGAUCGCCGAUCUCGAAACUGAAGCAUUGAAGCAACAGGAAAUUGCGGAAGAGCUUCAGUCCAGGCUUCGCAGUAAAGAAGAAGAGCUCCACAAGACGCUUGAGAGCGUCUCUAGUCAAAAAGCAGACUCUGAAAAAACGGCGAAGAUGUCGCAAAAGCAGGUGCAAGAGUUGAAAAAAGAGCUGCAAAAAGUAAUGGACAGGGAAAAAGAAGUUCUUGAGAAGCAAAACGAGCUUGAGAUAGAAAAAGCACGAGUGAUAGAAGAGGCGAGCAACAACGGCCCAGAGGUCGAUCUAGACUAUUUGAAGCAUAUCGUCUUGCGGUACAUCACUGCGCCCAGCCAUGACAGGGAGCACAUUCUCAAGGCGCUCGGCCAGGCGCUGGCCUUCUCAAGUGACGACAAAAAGCUAGUGAGCGAUACGCUAGAAUACAAAAAGAGCUGGUUCGGCGCGAAACCGCCCGCCCCCAGAGGCUCAAUCGCGCCUUCCAUUCAAAGUAGCAAAAAGUAA